AUGGGCCGUACUCGGGAUGCUGGUUGUGUGGCCGCUGGGGUGGUGAUCGGGGCUGGCGCCUGCUACUGUGUAUACAAACUGACCUGGGGAAGAGAUGAAAGCGAGCAAAUCUGGGAGGAUAACGAGGAGACUAGUGACAGGGCAGAGACUGAGAAAAAAGCUCAGGCUAAGCCUGGGUCUGUGGCAUCAGCCAGAGUUGAGGCUGACACAGUGGCCAAGGCUGAAGUGGGCUUGGGAGUCAAGAGUGAUCCAGAUUUAAAGGCAGAGGCCCACUUGGGGGCCCAGAGUGGGGGUGGCUUAGAGGCCAAGGCCAGGGCUCUUUUCAGCACCCUGAAAGAACAGGCAAGUGCAAAGAUGGGCAGAGGAGGCAGACUGGGUGUCGGCUCUGGGACCAGGACACUUUCAUCAAGUUUACCUUGCCCAGGAGGCAGGGGUGGAGGCUGCCACCCUGCCAGGGCUAGGACUGGGGGAAAAGCAAGUGGAAAAUCAAAGGGAAAGCCUAAAAGCAAGAGCACUAGGCCUCCGCCUACAGCAUGGCCUGCCCGCAGGGUUAAGUUCAACUUUCCCUAUAAAAUUGAUGAUAUUUUGGGUGCUACUGACCUUCAAAAAGUCCUUAACAUUCUGGAGAGAUCAAAUGAUCCUUUCAUUCAAGAAGUAGCUUUGGUCACUUUGGGUAACAAUGCGGCAUACACAUUUAACCAAAAUGCCAUUCGUGAAUUGGGUGGUGUCCCAAUUAUUGCAAAAAUGAUAAAAACGAAAGACCCCAUUAUUAGGGAAAAGGCUUACAAUGCCCUUAAUAAUUUGAGUGUCAUUGCUGAAAAUCAGGGCAAGAUUAAGACGUACAUCAGUCAGGUGUGUGAUGACACUAUGAUCUGUCGAUUGGAUUCAGCUGUGCAGAUGGCUGGUCUAAGAUUGUUAACCAACAUGACGGUGACUAAUCAUUACCAACAUUUGCUUUCCUAUUCUUUUCCAGACUUUUUUGCUUUGUUAUUCCUGGGAAAUCACUUCACCAAGAUACAGAUUAUGAAACUCAUUAUAAACUUUACUGAAAAUCCAGCCAUGACAAGAGAGCUGCUCGGUAGUAAAGUACCAUCCGAAUUGAUCUCCCUCUUUAAUAAAGAACGAGACAGAGAGAUUCUUCUUAAUAUCCUUACCAUUUUUGAGAAUAUAAAUGACAACAUAAAAAGUGAAGGGUUUGCAUCAUCCAGGAAAGAAUUCAGCAGAAGUUCACUUUUUUUCUUAUUCAAAGAAUCUGGAGUGUGUGUUAAGAAAAUCAAAGCAUUAGCAAAUCACAAUGAUCUGGUGGUGAAGGUAAAAGUCCUGAAAGUAUUGACCAAACUCUAAUUAGGGCUUUGUCCCAAACCGUAGUGGUGUGAUUUCUUAGUUUGCCAUUGGGAACAAUGCAUUUGGUAAAUUCUUUGAUUUUCACUGUGCUCAUAGGUCAAAGGGGUCUUUUCAGCUGCCAUUUUGGAAUAAUGAAUAGCACAGAUCAACAACAGUGAUGCUGGUUGUGAAGGUGGAGUUUAGGAUGGACCAUUUUAAAGAUGCCACAUGAAUAUUAGAACUUAUAAAGAUAACGCUCUUAUUGAUUCAAUAUUGCUACUUAAACAUAUUUUUACUCUAUCUAAACUGACAGUGAACUAAUCAUACAUCAUGAAUAAGCUACACUUUUGUAUAGGUUUACAUUUGUUAAUCUAGAGCUUAUGUUUCAUCAAUAAAGUGCGUUUUAAGCAGCAAAAAA